CGUCGGGUUUCGGCGUACACAGACAAGAUGGCAGCGUCACUGGAAGACGAGUUUGAAGAUGCGCCUGAUGUGGAGCCGCUGGAACCGACACUAAAGAACAUUAUCGAGCAGAAAUCUUUAAAAUGGAUAUUUGUAGGUGGAAAGGGAGGUGUUGGUAAAACGACAUGUAGCUGUAGUUUGGCUGUCCAGCUGGCUGCAGUGAGAGAGAGCGUCCUCAUCAUCUCCACUGAUCCUGCUCAUAACAUCUCUGAUGCUUUCGACCAGAAGUUCUCAAAGGUGCCUACCAAGGUCAAAGGAUAUGACAACCUCUUUGCCAUGGAGAUUGACCCGAGCCUGGGUGUGGCAGAGCUGCCUGAUGAGUUCUUUGAGGAGGACAACAUGCUCAGCAUGGGCAAGAAGAUGAUGCAGGAGGCCAUGAGCGCCUUCCCUGGCAUCGACGAGGCCAUGAGCUACGCAGAGGUCAUGAGGUUAGUGAAAGGAAUGAACUUCUCUGUGGUAGUCUUCGACACUGCUCCUACCGGCCACACUCUGCGACUGCUCAACUUUCCCACCAUUGUGGAACGCGGUCUGGGCCGCCUCAUGCAGAUCAAGAACCAGAUCAGCCCUUUCAUCUCCCAGAUGUGUAACAUGCUCGGGCUGGGUGACAUGAACGCAGACCAGCUGGCCUCUAAGCUGGAGGAGACCCUGCCAGUCAUCCGCUCAGUCAGUGAGCAGUUCAAAGACCCUGAACAGACCACCUUCAUCUGCGUGUGCAUCGCCGAGUUCCUCUCGCUGUAUGAGACGGAGCGGCUGAUCCAGGAGCUGGCCAAGUGCCGCAUCGACACGCACAACAUCAUUGUCAACCAACUCGUUUUCCCUGACUCAGAGAGGCCGUGUAAAAUGUGUGAAGCCCGUCAUAAAAUUCAGUCCAAGUAUUUGGACCAGAUGGAGGACCUUUAUGAAGAUUUCCAUAUAGUCAAAUUACCGCUGCUGCCCCAUGAAGUUCGAGGAGCAGACAAGGUCAACACAUUCUCCAAGCAACUACUGGAACCAUACAAACCCCCAAACAAGUGAUCUCCCUCCCGGCAGGACCUCCCUCCCCCCUUCCACCCAUUACAUGACCACACCUCUGCAGUCUGAACUCACAUCCUCUGAGUCCUCCCCCCCUCUCCUCCCCUCCCUCCUUUCCCCAACCAGCCUCAAACCCCGCAGUAACAGCCUCAAGAUGAUCCACUCAGUCCUCAGCCCACCACCCACAGCAGAGCGUGGCCCACUGCUACUGCGAGACAACGCUUUUAAUGAAGGGGAGCUGAUGAAAUCACAAACGCACACACACACAAACACACAUACAGUCCAUAACACACUAUGUUGUUAGAGAGGUAGGACAGUGCAGAUCAGCGCUGCCUUACGCUCACUUCACCUUCUCUUUUCCUUCAUAUUGUUUGUGUGGCAGGUGUGCUAUUCCCACUUUAAAAGCAUUAAACGUUCUCUCAAGAAAAAAACGAAACAAACCCUUCCCCUCGUCCAUCCCGCGCAGUGUCCAGCCUCAAAGUGUACCCUGUGUGUGUGACGGUGCUGGUGUGUAUUCCAGGAUAUAAAAAAAACAAAAAACGGCUAUCAGACGGUCGAUGUUUCUGCCUCGUUUAAAUCUGUGUGGUUUUUGUGGCUGUGUCUGUUUUCCACUGACUUUUCAGUUUCACACAUUCAUCUCUCGCACAUCUGGAAUUUACAUCCAAAUUUCUACAGAUUCAGGGUGUGACGGCAGGGCAAUGGAAAAAAACCCAACAACAACAACAAAACACCUGUGGUCUUCAGUAAUUUUUGUCCUUGACCAAGACUAUCCAUGUUAUUGCAAUAAAGAAAACCAGAGCAGUC